AUGAUUCAACUGCGGCAGCGUCAGACGAUGCAUCUUCGAGAGCAAAAACAACAACAACAACAAGAACGACAACAAGGAAAAGAGAGUUGUGAAGCGUCUCUAUCUACAGGUCGGGUAGGCGAUGCUUUCAGUGAUGAGGUUGAGGAGGAAAGGGAACGUUCUAUACAACGUCUACCUGCCUCUAUCCAAGCAAUGCUUUUAAGAUCUAAUCGCACUCUUUCGAUUUCGGAACUUAAUAUAAUGGCAAAUGCAACAUCUGAUAAUCGCUGUGAAGCACUUCGAAUGAUAUUUGAGGGUAAAUCAGCAGACGAAGCGAUUUCGUUUCUUCUUAACGUAAGUGAUGGAACAAAAAAUGCAAGAACUACAUCGGGAACAGUUGCGACAGUGGUUGAUCCUCCUACAAGAGCUGCAACAAUGCACACAGCAGUUGGCGAUGUUAACCGAAGUUGUAGUAGAGUUAACGAUGUAUUGUUAUCAUCCACCAGCAGGAUUUACCCAACACAACGUAAAAGCAUCGAACGUACAUCUCAUUCUAUAUGGAGUGAAUCAGAGAAUCCACCAUCGCCACUUCAUGUCGCUCCUAUUCCUUCUGUAAGGGAACUAAGAUACAAUGACCACUCUCAACGUCCAAUCUCUCCCAUCUCUACUGUUAUGUCGCAUUGUCACAAUGCUCCUGAUAGCGGUGAUGAAUCAGAGAUUAGAAUUAACUCACCAUCAAUUCAGGUACCCUCAUUACAUACUCGGAAAUCUCCAACACCUGUGCAACCCCUCAGUGAUGUUAGAAUCAAUACCGUCAUGUACCCCAAACCAGUAUUUGCACAUAAAGAGAUGUGUAAUAAUGCACCAGUUUUGGCUAAACGGGUGAAGAACAAUGACAAUCGUACUGUAGAUCGAUCACGCAAGGAAAUGGACUCUCGUGCUGCACCUGGGGAUAUAUAUGCACCUCAAGUAUCCUGCUCGGCGUGGGAUGAGCACUACAAAACUUUUAUUGUGCACCCUAAUCAAUUGCGCCGACUAGAAGAAGAACGAAAGUUGCGGGAACCACCUGCUGCUGUUCGCCCUGGUACCAACAGUGCACUUAGACGUUUACCAUCAGAGGAACGUCGUCGAUUUUCACGACAAAACACACCAUCAAUACGUCUACGACCCCCGCCUCCAGCACCAUUAAUUAAUUCAUCAACACCAUUGUCAUCAGCAGCAGAUACGUCUGACCGUCAUAUCUCUUCAAGCCACACUGGUAAAAAGGUAUCUUCAAAAUCUAUAAAGAGUCAAAAACAAGAACAAUUCACUAAGGAUGAUAAACAAGAAUUAUCUAUUCCAGUUGUACCACCGUUGAAAGGUAUUAAGAAGUGUACACGACGAAAGGAAGAUGUCUUUACACGUUUAUAUUCUUCUAAUAACACUUGUUUAACUCCACGAACAGUUAUGACCCGCGAAACAUUUUCUGCAAGAAGCGUACGUAGUGGUAUUACCACACCGCGCCGUGGCUUUUCACAUCGAAGUUCACCGUCCACCCGUAAUCGUACUCCACGGCGCAGAGUAGAACUGACGAAUGACUACAUGUUUGGUGUUUCUACGCAACCUUUGAUGUCAUCGCGUCGCCAUACAGUUAGUACCGGUUUAACUAACACUCUUGCACACGGUAAAGGGGUCCCAUUGACAGGUGCGCACCGUUUUGUGCGAUCAAAUACAUCUUCAGGGAAACCAUUAACGCGCUCUUUUUCUGCUCAAAAAUUACGGCGAACAUCUACUGUAGCAAAUUACACUUGCCGUUCUUAUAAUAAUGAUAACAAUAAAAGUAGUUUUGACUACCACUAUAAUCAAUACGCUCGCACACCCACAUGGAGUGCUCGCUACUCAGAGUUUGUGGUUCAAAGGGAACAAAGAAACGGCUUCUCUGGAACUGUCACUUCCUCGCAUAAUAUGAUGCUUAAGCGUUCUGCAACUUUGACUGCUCUGCGUUAA